AUUUUAUGUGGCCAUGACUCUGGAAAGAUUGGUGCAUUGUUAUGUAGUUGUAGAAACGUUCCCUUAAGGUGGUGGUCUGCUUUCUGUUCUGCUGAAAUAGCACCUAUAGCCUAGUAGUGUGCACAAUAAUUUUGCUGAAUUUUUGUAGUUGGUAUUUUACCUGACACUUUAAUGUUGUUAUCUAACACAGGUAGACUGUAUAGUAUAAUAAAGUGGGUGGAAUCGGCUGGCUGUAAGGGGUGGAGGAGGCCAGAAAGAUUAGUUUGUAUGAGAAAAUUGUUUCAGAAAUUCCGUUCAAAGUCCUGGAAAUUGGAUGAUUUUUAUCCUGGAAUAUCCUGGAAAAGUCCUGGAAUUUAGUUUUCAAUUUUCAGUGGGAACCCUGGAAAGGUGAGACUUGUUUUUAUUGCAGGGGUGUAAUCAGCGGUGAGGACUUGCAGCUGCCCAGAUUCUGUGGAGGCCUGAUUGCUGGGCAGAGUCAGUUGUGGAGAGGCGCUCCACUCAGCAGCAGCAGAGGGAGAGCGGGGGGAAGAGAGAGAGAGGGAGCAGGAGGAGAGGUGUCAGGUGGGGGCUGAGGAGGAGGAGGCCCUGACAGAAUAUUUCAAAUGUCUGAACAAGUUUUUGUUAAUCUAAAAAUGAAGUUAUUGUCAUGUUAUAGUCUUGUUAUAUUUAUUUUUUAUUAAAAAUCUCAAUGUGGCAGCUUCUCAUCAUAUCAACAGUUGCAUUGAACAUUUUGGUGAUUUUAUAUUGAAACUCUAGCAUCAUGAUAACACUACUGUUUGUAUGACUUUGUUCUUCCCCGUCUGUCAGAUUGUAUUAUUUUCUAUUCUAUGAUGUCCCUCAAAUAAAUGUUUACUGUCUUUAUUUCUGAUAUGUUUAAGUUUCUGUUAACUUUUAGUUCAUUUCAUUUCCAUGUAUUUUUCUUUAAAUUCAUGCAUCUAAUCAUCUAACUGUAUUAUUUUACAGAUAUGGGAGGAGGAUGGCUUAGUAAACCAUGGAGGGAUUUACCAAAGAACUCCGAGGAAAAUCUUGGUUUUUUGAAAUCCUACCAGCCUCGAAACACAGACGUCAAACAUCUGAGAAUUCUGGUUCAUGGACCAAUUGGUGCCGGGAAGUCCAGUUUCAUCAACUCUGUCAACAGCGUUUUACAAAACAGAAUCACUUGUCGAGCUCCAGCAGAUGCAGUCACUGGAGGAAGUGUUACCGAUAAAUACACGACUUACAAAAUCAGCAAAGACCCAGAGGGAUCUUAUUCUUUCGUUCUCAAUGACACCAUGGGCUUUGAGAAACGAGAUGGACGUGGAGUUCAUGUGGAAGACAUCAAACUGGCCCUGAAGGGACACGUGAAGGAGGGUUACAAGUUCAAGCCUGAAGAACCGCUAACAGAAGGUGAUUUCUACAACCCAUCUCCCACUCUGGAUGACAGAGUUCAUGUUCUGGUUUCUGUUGUUCCUGCUGACAAGAUCUCUGAAAUGACGGGAGAAGAUGUGAAGAAGAUGAGAGAGGUCAGACAGACAGCCAGUGAAAUGGGGAUUCCUCAACUGGCUAUUAUCACCAACAUUGAUAGAGAAUGCCCAAAAGUCAGAGGAAAUAUCAAAUAUGCCUAUUGGAGCAAAGUCCUAAUGGAAUGGGUUGAAAAAUGCAGCUUUCUGCUGGGCAUGCCACCAAAUUGCAUCUUUCUUGUGAAGAACUACCAUUCAGAGACCAAAACAAGUGAUGACAUUGAUGCUCUGAUAUUGGUCGCACUGAGAGAGAUGGUCUCCGUUGGUGAAGACUUCCUCAACGACCUGCAGGACUGAUGUACAACUGCUGAGGAACAGUUUGACAUUUGAAACAUUAAAGAAAUUGUCUAACUCUGA